AGUCACCCGGGUUCCAACCACGCAGCAGGACAAUUGGAACACGCAACCACCCACCCCGGUUCUUUGUCUGACCGCCGCCGGGUCUUUCAUUCACCAUUGGACUGAUUCUGGCUGCCUGUCCCUUGCUCACCAGCCACCACCCGAAAGAGACGACUACUACUACGAGAUUACCACCAUGGCCGAAUCAUCGUCAUCGCAACCACCCCCUCUAGCUGCACCUUCGGCACCUUCAGCUUCUCAAGAGACUUCCUCCGUCACUCCCGGCCCAACCCUAGCUUCAUCUUCCGGGACCAUCAUACCCAAACAAGAACCAGACUCUACAGAAACCACCCUGGAUGUGCCUCUCGAUCAAGGGAUUGAUCUAAACCCUGGAAGCCUCAACACAAUGCCCAACGCCAACCCCUCCGACGACGCCGCAACAUCAGGCAACGCUGUCCCCGCGCCGACCUCCGUGGAUGCUCUCGCAGCGGCGGCAGCGCCGUCCAAGAAAGAAACCAGCCUGCGGGAGUUCAUGGGCAAGAUGGACGAGUAUGCGCCUAUUCUCCCCGACGCCGUCACAUCCCACUAUCUCACCCUUGCCGGUCUCCCGCCACCAGGCAACGGCCCCAACCAGACCCCGCCACACCUCGCUCGUCUCCUUGCCCUCGCGACCCAAAAAUUCAUCGCUGAUCUCGCCGCCGACUCAUACCAAUAUGCGCGCAUCCGCGCUUCCAACAGCUCCUCCGCCAGUAACCCCAUGGGCAGUCUGAACGCUGCAUCGGGGCUGGGCAUGCCUGCCGGGGCCGCGGGUGUUGGUUCUGCGGGCGCCGCGGCCGGCGUGGGAGGUGGUGAUGCAAGCAAGGGCAAGGCGGGUACACAUCUUGGUAUUCAGCGACCGGGUUUCGGAGGCGGUGGCUCGGGAGGUUCGGGACAGGGGCGGACGGUACUCACGAUGGAGGACCUAGGAAUGGCAGUAUCGGAGUAUGGUGUGAGUGUUAAGAGAGGGGAGUUUUAUCGGUAAUACCUCAUGGCCGGGAGAAUGUCUUUCAAACUGGGGUCGUGGAACGCUCCGAGAUCCGUAUGAAAGCACGACACGGUAUCCUGGCUGGGUGGUUGGUGACUUACUGAACACGACCAGAGUCUGGGGAAUGGAAUGGCUGGCAUUCAUAAGGCGGGCAUGGGAUUGCCUCAUUUUUAUAUUUACUGGCGUAAAACCUGGGCGCGGCCAAACGAUAUCCUGCAUUUGGGCCGAGCAUGAAAUACAACGGAGUUAGGGCGUUGGAUCGAGUGGGAAACAGGUUGCUACUGGUUUUUAGAAGGGUAAAAAAAGAGGUGAUAGAAGUGUUAGUCCAUUGACUCCGUGUCUAUUUUACAUGCACGUAUACUCUAGGAAUGAGUAUGUAGUCGAAACGCC